AUGGCAUUUGUUUCAGCUCAAGGGCCCACGGUGGUGGACCAAACCACUCUGAUGAAGAAAUACCUUCAGUUUGUGGCUGCUCUUACAGAUGUCAACACACCUGAUGAAACCAAAUUGAAAAUGAUGCAAGAAGUCAGUGAGAAUUUUGAGAAUGUAACAUCAUCCCCACAAUACUCUACAUUCCUGGAACACAUCAUCCCUCGUUUUCUCACCUUUCUCCAGGAUGGAGAAGUUCAGUUCCUGCAGGAGAAACCAGCACAGCAACUCCGAAAACUUGUGCUGGAGAUAAUCCACAGAAUUCCAACCAAUGAACACCUUCGUCUUCACACCAAAAACAUCUUGUCGGUCAUGUUUAGGUUUCUUGAGACAGAGAAUGAAGAAAAUGUUCUGAUUUGCUUAAGAAUUAUCAUUGAGUUGCACAAACAGUUCCGCCCUGCAAUCACUCAAGAAAUCCAUCAUUUUUUGGACUUUGUGAAGCAGAUUUACAAGGAACUUCCCAAAGUUGUGAAUCGAUACUUUGAGAAUCCUCAGGUGAUUCCAGAGAACACUGUUCCCACUCCUGAGAUGGUUGGAAUGAUCACAACCAUUGUGGUGAAGGUGAACCCUGAGCGAGAAGACAGUGAGACAAGAACACAUUCUAUAAUUCCCAGAGGAUCUUUAUCCCUAAAGGUCUUGGCUGAGCUACCAAUUAUUGUUGUUCUCAUGUAUCAGCUCUAUAAGCUGAACAUUCAUAAUGUAGUAGCUGAGUUUGUGCCCUUGAUUAUGAACACUAUUAUAAUCCAGGUUUCUGCUCAAGCAAGACAACAUAAACUGUAUAACAAGGAGCUGUAUGCUGAUUUUAUUGCUGCUCAGAUUAAAACAUUGUCUUUUUUGGCUUAUAUCAUCAGAAUUUACCAGGAAUUAGUAGCCAAGUAUUCUCAGCAAAUGGUCAAGGGAAUGUUGCAGUUGCUCUCCAAUUGUCCAGCUGAAACAGCACAUCUCAGGAAGGAGCUGCUCAUUGCUGCUAAGCACAUCCUGACAACAGACCUGAGGAGCCAAUUUAUUCCAUGUAUGGACAAACUGUUUGAUGAAUCUAUACUGAUUGGCUCUGGAUACACUGCUCGAGAGACACUGAGGCCCCUUGCAUACAGCACUCUGGCAGACCUGGUGCACCAUGUCCGGCAGCAUCUGCCCCUCAAUGACCUCUCCCUUGCUGUGCAGCUCUUUGCCAAGAACAUUGAUGAUGAGUCCUUGCCUAGCAGUAUCCAUGUCCUGUCCGGCAAGCUCUUGCUGAAUUUGGUGGACUGUAUCAGGUCUAAAAGUGAACAGGAGAAUGGCAACGGGAGGGAUAUUCUUAUGAGAAUGCUGGAGGUUUUUGUGCUGAAAUUCCACACCAUAGCAAGGUAUCAGCUCUCUGUCAUCUUCAAGAAGUGCAAACCCCAGUCUGAGCUCGGAGCCGCUGAAGCAGCAUUGCCUGGAGUGCCCUCAGCAGCUAAUGCAGCUCCUGUUCCUGUUCCAUCCCCUGCCCCAGCCACUCCCAUAGCCCCUAUACCAAUGUCUGUGUUUGAGAAACAAGGGGAGAAGGAAAAAGACGAUAAACAAACCUUUCAGGUCACAGAUUGUCGCAGCUUAGUGAAGACUUUGGUGUGUGGUGUCAAGACCAUCACGUGGGGAAUAACAUCAUGCAAAGCUCCUGGGGAAGCACAAUUCAUUCCCAACAAGCAGCUGCAACCUAAGGAGACUCAAAUCUAUAUAAAACUGGUAAAAUAUGCAAUGCAAGCUUUGGAUAUUUAUCAGGUCCAAAUAGCAGGAAACGGGCAGACAUAUGUCCGAGUAGCGAACUGCCAGACAGUCAGGAUGAAAGAGGAGAAGGAAGUUCUUGAGCAUUUUGCUGGUGUGUUCACAAUGAUGAACCCUUUGACUUUCAAAGAAAUCUUUCAGACUACUGUUCCUUACAUGGUGGAGAGAAUCUCAAAGAACUAUGCCCUUCAGAUUGUUGCCAAUUCCUUCUUGGCAAACCCUACUACCUCUGCCCUCUUCGCAACCAUUUUGGUGGAGUAUCUCCUGGAUAGGCUGCCAGAAAUGGGCUCUAAUGUGGAACUCUCCAAUCUGUAUCUCAAGCUUUUCAAGUUAGUCUUUGGCUCAGUUUCACUCUUUGCAGCUGAAAAUGAACAAAUGCUGAAGCCACAUUUGCACAAGAUUGUGAACAGCUCUAUGGAACUUGCCCAGACUGCCAAAGAGCCCUAUAACUAUUUCCUGCUGCUCAGAGCAUUGUUCAGAUCUAUUGGAGGAGGCAGCCACGACCUCUUAUACCAAGAAUUCCUGCCGCUCUUACCAAACUUACUGCAAGGACUCAAUAUGCUGCAAAGUGGCCUUCAUAAACAGCACAUGAAAGACUUGUUUGUGGAGCUCUGCCUCACUGUGCCUGUUCGUCUGAGCUCACUGCUGCCUUACCUGCCCAUGCUGAUGGAUCCUCUGGUGUCAGCUCUCAAUGGAUCCCAGACCCUGGUUAGCCAAGGCCUGAGAACUCUGGAGUUGUGUGUGGAUAACUUGCAGCCAGACUUUCUGUACGAUCAUAUCCAACCCGUUCGAGCUGAGCUGAUGCAGGCUCUGUGGCGAACCCUGCGCAAUCCUGCAGACAGCAUCUCCCAUGUGGCUUACCGUGUCCUGGGCAAGUUUGGGGGCAGCAACAGGAAGAUGUUAAAAGAAUCCCAGAAACUACAGUAUGUAGUCACAGAAAUCCAAGGACCCAGUAUUACCAUUGAGUUUUCAGACUGUAAAGCAUCCAUUCAGCUCCCAAUGGAAAAGGCCAUUGAGACUGCUCUGGACUGCCUGAAGAGUGCCAAUACUGAGCCCUACUACCGCAGGCAAGCGUGGGAGGUCAUCAAGUGUUUCCUGGUAGCUAUGAUGAGCCUGGAUGAUAACAAACAUGCACUGUACCAACUUCUGGCACAUCCCAACUUUACUGAGAAAUCCAUACCCAGUGUGAUCAUUUCGCACCGAUACAAAGCACAGGACACUCCAGCUCGGAAAACCUUUGAGCAGGCACUGACAGGAGCCUUCAUGUCAGCAGUCAUCAAGGAUCUGAGGCCUAGUGCUCUGCCCUUCGUGGCCAGUUUAAUCCGUCAUUACACCAUGGUGGCAGUGGCUCAGCAGUGUGGUCCUUUCUUGCUGCAGUGCUAUCAGGUAGGGAGCCAGCCUAGCACAGCCAUGUUUCACAGUGAGGAAAAUGGGUCAAAAGGGAUGGAUCCCUUGGUGCUUAUUGAUGCCAUAGCCAUCUGCAUGGCUUAUGAGGAGAAGGAGCUCUGCAAGAUAGGAGAGGUGGCUCUGGCAGUGAUAUUUGAUGUUGCCAGCAUUAUCUUGGGCUCAAAGGAACGGGCCUGUCAACUCCCCUUGUUUUCGUACAUCGUGGAACGUUUAUGUGCUUGCUGUUAUGAACAAGCUUGGUAUGCCAAACUGGGAGGGGUUGUGUCAAUCAAAUUCCUUAUGGAAAGGCUGCCACUCAUUUGGGUCCUCCAGAACCAACAGACCUUCCUGAAGGCACUUCUUUUUGUUAUGAUGGAUCUAACUGGAGAGGUUUCCAAUGGAGCAGUGGCAAUGGCCAAGACCACACUAGAACAGCUCUUGAUUAGAUGUGCAACUCCUUUAAAAGAUGAAGAAAAGACAGAAGAAAUCCUGACAGCACAGGAAAAGUCUUUCCAUCAUGUAACACAUGACCUUGUUCGAGAAGUGACCUCUCCAAACUCCACUGUGAGGAAACAAGCCAUGCAUUCACUGCAGGUGCUUGCACAGGUCACGGGGAAGAGUGUCACAGUGAUCAUGGAGCCACAUAAAGAGGUUCUCCAGGACAUGGUUCCUCCUAAAAAGCAUUUACUUAGGCAUCAACCUGCAAAUGCCCAGAUUGGCCUGAUGGAGGGAAACACAUUUUGCACCACUCUGCAGCCACGAUUGUUCACGAUGGAUUUAAAUGUUGUGGAGCACAAGGUUUUCUACACAGAGUUACUGAAUUUGUGUGAGGCUGAAGAUGCUGCUUUGAUGAAACUCCCUUGUUAUAAAAGCCUUCCAUCACUUGUACCUCUUCGAAUUGCAGCCUUGAAUGCUCUAGCGGCCUGCAAUUACCUGCCUCAGUCAAGAGAGAAAAUCAUUGCUGCACUCUUCAAGGCCCUGAAUUCAACCAAUAACGAGCUGCAAGAGGCAGGAGAAGCCUGCAUGAGAAAGUUCUUGGAAGGAGCCACCAUAGAAGUUGAUCAGAUCCACACCCACAUGAGGCCAUUGCUGAUGAUGUUGGGAGACUAUCGGAGUCUGACCCUGAACGUUGUGAAUCGCUUGACAUCAGUCACCAGACUUUUCCCGAACUCUUUCAAUGAUAAAUUCUGUGACCAGAUGAUGCAACACCUGCGUAAGUGGAUGGAAGUUGUAGUUAUCACACACAAAGGUGGACAAAGGAGUGAUGGAAAUGAAAUGAAGAUUUGUUCAGCAAUUAUCAAUUUAUUUCACCUGAUCCCAGCUGCUCCCCAGACUCUGGUUAAACCUCUCCUGGAAGUUGUUAUGAAAACAGAACGAGCAAUGUUAAUUGAGGCUGGAAGUCCAUUCAGGGAACCACUGAUCAAAUUCUUGACACGUCAUCCAUCCCAGACUGUGGAGCUGUUCAUGAUGGAAGCCACUCUGAACGAUCCACAGUGGAGCAGAAUGUUUAUGAGUUUCUUAAAACACAAAGAUGCUAAGCCUUUGAGAGAUGUCCUGGCAGCUAAUCCUAACCGAUUUAUCACUCUGCUGUUACCUGUGGGUACCCAAACAGCUGUCAGACCUGGUUCUCCAAGCACCACCACAAUGAGACUUGAUCUGCAGUUCCAGGCUAUCAAGAUCAUAAGUAUUAUUGUUAAGAAUGAUGAAUGUUGGUUAGCAAAUCAACACUCCUUGGUGAAUCAACUGAAACGUGUGUGGGUGAGUGAAGCUUUCCAGGAGAGACACCGUAAGGAGAACAUGGCUGCGACGAACUGGAAGGAGCCCAAGCUGUUGGCUUAUUGCUUAUUGAAUUACUGCAAGAGGAAUUAUGGUGACAUAGAGUUACUUUUCCAGUUGCUUCGAGCUUUCACAGGUCGGUUCCUCUGCAAUAUGACUUUCUUAAAGGAAUACAUGGAGGAAGAGAUCCCCAAAAACUACAGCAUUCCCCAAAAAAGAGCCUUAUUCUUCCGCUUCGUAGACUUCAAUGACCCAAACUUUGGAGAUGAGCUCAAAGCCAAGGUGCUGCAGCAUAUCCUGAAUCCUGCCUUCUUGUACAGUUUUGAAAAGGGAGAAGGUGAACAGCUCUUAGGCCCCCCAAACCCAGAAGGAGAUAAUCCAGAAAGCAUCACUAGUGUUUUUAUAACCAAGGUACUUGACCCAGAGAAACAGGCUGAUAUGCUGGACUCUCUGAGGAUAUACCUACUGCAGUUUGCCACGCUGCUGGUGGAACAUGCCCCACACCACAUCCACGACAACAACAAGAACCGCAACAGCAAGCUGCGGCGGCUCAUGACCUUCGCCUGGCCUUGUCUCCUCUCCAAGGCAUGUGUGGACCCAGCCUGCAAGUACAGUGGCCACCUGCUGCUGGCACACAUCAUUGCAAAGUUUGCCAUACAUAAGAAGAUAGUUCUGCAGGUGUUUCACAGUCUCCUGAAGGCUCACGCCAUGGAGGCCAGAGCCAUUGUGCGGCAGGCCAUGGCCAUCUUGACCCCGGCUGUGCCGGCCCGCAUGGAGGAUGGGCACCAGAUGCUCACUCACUGGACGCGAAAAAUCAUUGUGGAGGAAGGUCACACAGUGCCCCAGCUAGUACACAUUUUGCACUUGAUAGUCCAACAUUUCAAG